GGACGUCCCAGCGGAUCGUGGCCUGGCCGGCCCCCCUGAGCGGAAACGGGCGGCCGUCCCAGCGAACAUGGCGCAGAAGAAGACGGGCCGCAAGGGCCAGGAGCCGGUCACCAGGGAUUACACGAUCCACAUGCACAAACUGCUGCACAAGGUCCAGUUCAAGAAGCGCGCCACGAGGGCGAUCCGAGAGAUCCGAAAGUUUGCGACCAGGUCGAUGUCGACGAAGGACGUGCGCAUCGAUACAAAGCUGAACAAGUUCGUCUGGAGCAAUGGCAUACGGAACAUCCCGAAGCGCAUUCGGGUGCGCAUGGCUCGCAAGAGGAACGAGGACGAGGAUGCCACUGACAAGACGUUCACUCUGGUCCAGCACGUGCCUGUGGAGAGCUUCAAGAACCUUCAGACGGAGACAGUCCGCGAUGAUUGA